UAUGUCCCAUCUGUGGAGCAGGACCUAAAGCUUUCAUGCAAACAAAAGACGUAAACUCUGCACAUUUUAAGGCAAGGCCUGAUAAACUGAAGUAUGGCAUUAGGCCCGUUCAUGCUUGGAUAAGAACCUUGGAGUUUGUUCUUAAUGUGUCAUAUAGGAUUGAAGUAAAAAAAUGGCAAAUAAGAGAUGAAAAUGAUAAGAAAAUUAUUGAGGCCCGUAAAAAACUUAUUCAAAAACGGUUAUGGACGGAAAUGGGACUUCAUGUGAAUAGACCAAAGCAGAGCGGUAGCGGAAACAUGAAUGAUGGAAAUACUGCCAGAAGAGCUUUCUCAGAUGUUACGCUAUUUUCUUCAAUAUUAGGGUUUGACACCGACUUACUCCACAGUUUUCACAUGAUUUUGAUCGCCAUUUCUUGUGAAUACGAGAUUAGCGCCCUAAAGUCUAAGCAGUACUCGGAAAAGACAUAUUCGUUGUAUAUGGAAAAGUACCCGUGGUAUCCGAUGUCACCGACUCUACAUAAAAUUUUAAUACACGGUGCACAAAUCAUCGCAGCCUCUGUAGUGCCCCUAGGCUGUCUUGGUGAAAGUGCUUCAGAAUCCCGCAAUAAAUAUUAUAAGAGCGACAGGCGAUCUCAUGCUAGACAAAAUAGUAGAACUAAUAAUAUGGCCGACGUCUUCCAAAGAGCAGUGGAUUCCUCUGAUCCAUUCCUUUCAAGCAUAUCUUUAAAUAAGAGACAACAACAAAAUCAAAAGAAAAAAAUACCUAAAGAAGUUAUUGAACUUUUGAAAGCUCCAAACGUUGAACCGCAUUCCGACCAUUUAAAUACAUCAGAUUGCUCAACGGACGCCGACUCUGAUGCUGAUUCUUUAUGUGACAUUGUGCAGCCAUUUGAUGUUCAGUUGGAGGUAGAAGAAUGUUAAAUAUUAACAAAAAAUACGUAGAUAUAUGUACAUAUGUAUGUAUAUAAAAUUCGUAUGAAUAAAAUUGUUUGUGGUUCUUAUGAAUAAAAACUUCGAAAGUAUUUGCUUAU